AUGGCUGAAUCAGCCUAUAACAAUCCCACGCAUCUCCAAGAUGUAAUCAUCGAGAAGCAGCUGCGCGACACACGCGACAAGUUCAUCCAGUCCAUCCGCACAGACGACAUUCGCCGACUCGCCGCCUCGUACCACCCUAGCCAAUCCGAUGGCGAGUUCUUCCAGGAACCCCUCCGUGGGAGCUACAAUAUCUGCUACUUCAUUCGCUUUCCUCUGUCUUCACCUCCGGGGGCAUGGGACAAGUGGGUUGUACGGAUCCCGUUGGCCCCAUGCCUACCGUUCGGCGCCGACAAGAAGCUGGAAGGAGAAAUAGCGGCAAUGAAGCUAGUUUCUGCAAGGACGUCGAUCCCCAUACCGGAUGUAAUCGCAUACGCUAUCAACGACAAGUCCAAAUCUUUCCCAACAUUCAUGAUCCUCGAGUACGUCGAAGGGGAGAAGCUCUCGUAUAAGACAUAUCAAGAAUUCACGCCGGAACGACUGGUGCAGUUCUACAUCUCCCUAGCCGAUAUCUUCAUCCAGCUCAGGAGGUUAGAACUGGAUGCCAUCGGCCGCCUGACGCACCGAGAAGACGGUAGCUUCACCGUCGACAGCCCGAUCGCAACAAUCGACCUAAAUGCGCAGGCUCUGGAGCGUUUGCGGCCGUCACGGGUUCUCGCCCGAUACGGCGGAGGCGGGCCGUUACGAUCUGCGAGCAACUAUAUUGAUAUGCUGCAUGAUCUUGCGGACAACGCCUUCGUCGAGAGCCGAAGCAGCGUCCCUGAGGGUGAUGGCAUAGGCGAGGAAUAUCUCUAUCAUCUUCACAGCUUCCGCGAGCUUGUAGAGGAUUGGCGAGCUGAAGAUGAUGAUCGAGGCCCUUUCGUGCUAGUUCAUGGAGACUUCCAGCCGUUCAAUCUUCUCCUUAACGAUCAAGGGAGCAUCGUUAGUGUCUUGGACUGGGAAUGGAGUCGUGUCGUCCCACGUCAAUUCUUUAAGCCCCCGCUAUGGCUGGAGUACGCCGAUCUAACGCUGCUCUCCCGACCUUUAUUCUAUAACCGCUUUCUCGACACGUUUCAAGACUUUCUCGACAUCGUCCGGCAGAGGGAGCUGGAUGAAUACGGCAGCACGAUACUCGCAGACGAGUGGGAUAGCGCGCAGGAGAGGCAAGGUUUCCUCGUCGCCAACGCCUUGGAGAGCUGGAUGCAUGUUGACUGGCUUAUGCAUUUCCAGGGGAACUCGGAAGAUUUACAGGAGCGCGUCGGGGAGUUCAUGGGGAGGGAUCCCCGCCGAGCGGAGUUGGUUGCGAGGAAGGUCCGCGACGGCGAGGCAUAUAAGGCUGACGUCCAGCGUCUUGCUCGAGGGGAAUGCACACGCACCACUGGUUGGCUUCCUGCUGGCCUCUCCAAGCUCUCCUCUCGGGUCAAACGGAUGAAGUAA